CUCAAUUUUCACUUACACCCGACCAUGAGUUUCAUAGUAAUCUUCAUCCUAGCCUCAUUUAUCCCUGCCUCUCAAUCUCAAAAUUCACCAGAAGACUUUCUAGCUCCACAUAACGCAGCUCGUGCUGAUGUUAAUGUUGGACCCUUGGAAUGGGAUGAAACUGUUGCAGCAUAUGCUUGCGACUAUGCUAAUCAGAGAGCCGGUGAUUGCAGCAUGAUUCAUUCCGGUGGGCCAUAUGGUGAGAACCUUGCAAUGAGUACUGGGGAUCUUAGUGCAGCAGAUGCUGUUAAAAUGUGGGUAGAUGAGAUAAGUAAUUAUGAUUACUAUUCAAACUCAUGUCAAGGAGGAGAGUGUUUGCAUUAUACACAAGUAGUUUGGAGAAACUCUGUUCGCCUAGGGUGUGCGAGGGUGACUUGUAGUACCGGUGGUACUUUUGUCAUCUGCAGCUAUGAUCCUCCAGGUAACGUGAUAGGACAACGUCCUUAUAACUAUGAUGUCAUUCUUUCGAAUACUAGAAGUAUAUACAACAUAUAAUGCAUAGCAGCAAUACAAGGCCUUGGGAGCUUUUUACCUGUUAUACUAGAUAUAUAUUGUAUUUCUAUUGUGUGUAAGUGAUUAUGUUGUUGGGUUUCACACCCAUCCCUUUCGUCCAUCUGGAGAGCGGGAGGUAGAAAGAUCCAUUCGUACUUGGGAGGAUUGUAUUUUCAUUUUUUCUUUCCGCCUUUAUGGAAAUAGCCACUAUCAGAUUUGUUGUUGGGAUGACAGGAGAGU